UAUGUAGAAAGAAAUAAGAGACGCAAAUGAACAAUUAUCAGUACCAGUAUCAGAAAAAGACUUGUCACACGUUUCCUCCAGACAGACUUUUGUAGCUGUAACCAAGAAAUCACUCAGCCUCUAAUUUGAGCUUCAGGCUCCAAAGGAACGCCGCUGCAAACACACUCACGUUGCUGUUUCCUACAAGUUUGGAGAUGAUCUGGUGGACAGCCAGCAGGGCCUGGCUCUACUUCUCCUGCUUCCUCCUGCUGGGUGUCUGCUCCCAACCAGAGGAUGGAGGACCAGAAGUGGUACUGGACCAAGUAUCAGGAGAACCUGACUUCGGGGAUUGGGAAAUGGGUUCUGGAUCUUCUCUGCUGCAUUUCUUCAACAACUUCCCUGCUGACAGUUCCUUUGUUAAUGAGUCCCCAAAAGAACCAGUCAAUUGCACGCAGCGCUUCUGGUUGCCACCUCCCUCUCCAGUCUGCUGGGAAACUGUAGCAGAACCGGAGGAGUUUGCCAGGUCCCGUCUGCUUGUUCUGCAGAACAGGGCCGCGCUGCAGGCGGUGUCUGACCUGAGCGGGGUGGAGGAAGCAGGGGUUUCCUACAACCACCAAGCCAGAGAGGAGGUCCAGGGCGUCCAGUCAGACCACCAGAAGGUGACAGAGAUAAUGCAAACCAUGGAGAAUGUGUUUGUCUCACUGGUGGAGAAAAGGAAAGAGGGGAAGGAGCAGGGCAUUCUUACUAGCUUAAGAGAGCAUCUUACCAACACAAGGGAGGCUAUGGAAGGAAAAGAGCUCCUGGCAAACAACCUGGAGAGCCGCUUUUCUACUUUAGAGAAGACUCUGCUCAACAUACACCUUCGACUCAACAAACUCAUUCGACAAUGACAACAAUCAAAGCCUCCUCAAAGAGCAUCUGGUACAAGAGUUUAAAUUGUACAUGCAUAAUAAAUUCCGAUGCCUACAAAGGAAAUCUAAAUUGUUAGCAAAAGAACAGAAAAAAGUACAAACCCAUAACCUGAACAGAUGUGGCCGUUCCAGUUUACGACUCCGAAUGAUCCAUAUAGACAUUUUACAGUCGUAUAAAACACCUUGUAAAACUCUAAUAUACCAAGGUUGGCAUCAGAAUAAGUGACUUGUCAGACUUGAGAGAUUGUGGUUUUUGUCUGUUUAUAAAGACAUAAAGGUUACCCAGUACAGCAUUAACAUGUAUUUUAAUCUAAACAAUAAGUCCAUUACUAAAUAAAUCAUAAGCAUUCUGAUGUGUAAA